CUGUUUGCCAACCCGCCAGUCUAGUUUACGCGCCCGGUCAUCCGCCGGCUCUACAAGUGGGUAUUCCAUUGCGACUCCCAGACGCGCUCGUUCAUCGCGUAAUCGAGCCUACGAGUUUUCUUUCGAUCACGUCCAGGCGACGUUUGUUCGUGAACAGGACACGGGGAGACUAACCGCGGGAUUUCGCUGGCUGCCAGGGCAUUGUUGCAAAAUCUCCUAGGGUUGCCACAUUCGAGCAGAGGUGCACGAUCGGCCAGCGUCGGGAAGGGCGAUGCACGCGCAACACAAAAACGUCUCCAGCCUCUCGCACAAGGUGGGAACGGCUUAAGGAGACAGCCGAGGGACGAUGACUUAAGUUCUACGGGGGAGCUGUAACGAUCAACAGGAGAAAGAAGUAACAAAAUUGCAAAUGGCUCAGAGGCAGAAUCGAUACCGUGACGCAAAGGACCGUGAAAGUUCCCGAGGUCGAGGUGUUUUCCUCCCCGUCUCAGCGAGCCAAUCCGCCGUGUUACUUCGAGAUCGAUGCGUGUAAAAUUCCUGCGAGCCGGAAACUUCGAAACUGUCCCCAUAAAACGACUCGAGUGAAGAAGAAAAAAAGAAGUCUGAAGAAAGGAGAGACAAAACGAUGACAAUUGCUCUCGGUCGCGCGCGAAGCGAUAAUCAGGUUUAGGAUCAAUCGAAGGAGAGUGACGAGCUCUGAAGUGAGAAAAACAGAUUCGACAAUGAGCUUCUUCAAUUCGCUGCAACAGUACGUGAGCGACAGCGUCGCGAGCCUGGGCCUCAGCCCAAAGCGAUUUUCGUUCAGCCGAGAGGACUCGGCCUCCAGCGCGACCGGAAGGAGCGGCUCAACCGGAAGCGUAACCGGGACAACGAACACGAACUCUACCGCGCAACAAUCGACCCUUUAUGGUUACCCAAAGGUAGUGCCACCCCCGGGCAUCGUCACGCCCUCCUCCCACGGACGCUCGUUGUCGACGCGUAGACGAACCCUUGAGUGCACUUCGUCUCCCGGGCUGACGGUGUAUCCCGCGACAGGAAGCGCAUCAGGCAGUACCUCUCCCCGCAGGGUCGGUUCUUUUCGGAGAAGCACCGGUUCCGCCGAUCGGCCGCCUUUGAUGUUCUGUCGGAGGAGACCCUCUUGGCCGGAAGUGGACAUACAGGCUACUUCUGGAGUACAAGAAACCGAUGGAUCCUUCUUCGAAAGUUUCACCGCGUUAUCUUGGAAACAACAAAAUCGGAGGCUUGUAGUUCUUCAAGAGUCUGAGGUCAGAUCGAAGGAACCUCCUCCACCGUCCAGAGACAGCAGUUUGAAUACUUCGCAGUAUCGUUUCACCAAAAAAGAGUUGGAACAGUUGUACAUAGAAGUCCUUUACACGAUCGCCAACACUGUGGGCGCCAGUACAGGACAAUACGCCCACUACAAAGAGGAUCUUUAUAGAUACGCACAGGAAGCUUUUAGAGUACCGCAAGAUCAACAUCGUCGUUAUCUGAAUAUUGCGUCUGAAGAGAAGCCUCCAAUAGUCGUUCUGAGCGUGGUGGUGGUCGAGGCCGAAGGAUUGGAAGCGAAAGACGCAAAUGGAUUCAGUGAUCCAUACUGCAUGCUGGGAAUUCAGCCGGGUAAUACAGGUGCGCCAUUAAGUCCUCAGACGAAUUUAACAGCGCACUCGCCCCACACGCCUCCCGCCUCGCCCCGUCAAGCGACCCGGGCCCUUUCCGACGGGGGUGAAACCGAAAACUCUCAGCACGAGAAACUGCGGAAGCACCAUAGUUUCAGGCUGUCGUUCAAGCGCAAGGAGCACACGAGCAGACGCGAACAUCGAGAGUCCUUAAGCGGUGCGGUCCCGGCGAAGUUUAUACGGGCGACCACCGUGAAGCCGCACACGCUCAGCCCGCGAUGGAACGAGAAGUUUCGUUUUGACAUCGACGAUAUCAGUACAGACAUCCUGCAUCUGGAUAUAUGGGACCACGACGACGAGUCCUCGGUAUUCGACGCGGUUAGCAAGCUGAACGAAGUACGUGGUGUCAAGGGUCUCGGACGGUUUUUCAAGCAGAUCGCGCAGAGCGCGAGAUCCGGCGGCCAGGAUGAUUUUCUCGGCUGCGUGAAUAUUCCUCUUCAGGACAUUCCAAGCACCGGACUCGAUCGAUGGUACAAAUUGGAAGCUAGAACGCAACGGAGCACUAUUCAGGGUAGAAUUAAAUUAAAACUGUGGCUAUCGACGAGAGAGGACAGGGGAACCUCUGAAGAAGAUAAUUGGGGAGAGCUAAGACAACAAGAAAGACUUUACACCGUGUUCCUCAACCACGAGAUGAACAAGCAAGGAGAAGACUUCACCGGAGAAUUGCCACAAACGGCACUAACAAUUCUUCAUCAACACGCCGUCCAAGGUGAUGUCACGGAGUUGCAGCAAGCACUAGUUAGAUGGGUAGCAACCUCGCGGCAGCCGACCUGCGAUCCACGGAUCCUCCACCGGCUUCUUCAGGAGUUGGACAAGGUGUGGCACACGGAUACGCUUUCCCGAGACGAGGAACAAUGUCUCGCUGAUUCUUUCAACGAAUUCCUCGGUGUCUCCUUGAAAAGAAUUCGACAACAUCGUAUACUUUAUCCGCCAUUGCAUCGACCAUCGAUCUCGAAACUGGAUUACCUUCUUAGGUGUUUAGGAUUGUUAUCGAACAUGAAAGCCUUCCGGUCGUGUUGUCCUUUCAACAAAGAAAUUCGUGGAGAAAUUAUUACUGCCUUAAGAAAUGGAACUCACGAUUGGUAUGAAGAUAUGAGGCUGCAAAUAAUGUGUUAUGAUAAGGAGCCAGAUCAGGAUGCAGAUAAAGUCUUACAGGACUUUACAAACUUGGUAACCGCUUUACUGGUAGACCUGGAGCAAGGACUGACUUAUUAUAACAGUCUCUUUGAAAGCACGAACGGCGUGCCAUAUUUCGCGGCGGUGUAUAAAAAACUGGACAAGCUGCUGGCGGAACACGUGGCGAAACACAUGGAGAACACUUCCGAGAUGCAAAAUGAGCUCGGGGCAAGAGUCACAACCGCCUGUCUUCAACUUCACGGUCAGAACGCGGACGAAGAGUAUGUAUUACCACCGGGUGCGGAAAUAGGAACUCCGAUGUUUGAACUGUACCUGGCUUUGCAAGAUUUCGUAAUAAUGAAGGAAAAUCUGCCGCAAUCUGACCACAAAAGUUUGGCCAUUUGCAAGUAUUACGAAUUGUUCAGACCAGCUGUUGACAAAUGGUUAGACCUAGCUAAAUUAAAAGCGAUCCAACGUGUACGGAAGUCGGCUGAACUUGAUCGAAUGUGCACUGGCGAAUACAUAGUGAAACACUGCACGUCGGCGAUAGAUGUUACAGCGUGUUUCUAUCAGAUCAAAGAAUUCUGGAAAAAGUUGGCGUGGCCAGAUCUUCCGGGAUCUUACAAUUUGGUACUAAAAGUUGUUGACGCCAUAUGCAGUUCAGCGGCGUACUACGCGGAGAUCACUCAUCAGAAGCUAGCUGACAGUGGUUAUUACAAAGAUCAGAACCCGUAUAAGACCACUGACGAGGUAAUCGCUGAGAUGUGUGUGGCCAUCAAUGGCCUCGAGUAUGUCCGAAGAUGGCUAUUGGAUUUAGGCGAGGAACUUUACGUUGAGAAGGUUCUAACAGCAUUGGAGAAUCAAGCGGGUGACUCUGCUCGGAUGCAGUGGCGAACUGCUCUGAUGUCUCCCCUGGAUCAAACUCCAGGACAAAUGUUACUCUUCAUCAAUCAAAUCAUUUCAAGGAUUGGCAUGAAGAUGAGACCACCAUUGAAAAACGCGAUAUUUCAUUUGGCUUGGUCUCCAGACAGUUUGCCUACUUCGGAAGCCAUCGCGAAGUUAUUAGAAUAUUUGGAUAGCCAUUUGGUGAUACUUAAUUCGGCUUUACUUUCAGUGAACUUCCUUCGAGUUCUCCAAGACAUCUGGGAAGUUGUUUUGGGAGAAUUGAGCAAUCAAAUGGAUGGUAACGCUGGAGAUAAACCUGCAAUGUUCUAUGAAAGACUCCACGAAGCCUUGGAUUUGCUGUUGAAAUUCUUCCAUGCGGAUGAAAAGGGUCUUCCGUACGAUACGCUUCAUUCUCAGAGUUUCAUGAACGCCGAGGAACGCUUACAGUAUCACAAGAUGGACACAUCAUUCUUGAUUGAUCGGUUUUAUCGACAACGACUUCAGGACCAAUUGAACACCGUAUCCACAGAGUACGGUGUACUAACAGUGAUGGCAUAUUUGAAUCACGAUUCACUCUGGGUGGAAGUUAAAAAUGCCAGAGAUGUUAUACCCUUAGAUCCGAACGGUUUCAGCGAUCCGUUUGUAAUAAUCGAGCUUUUACCACGAAGAGUGUUUGAACACUGCGCCGAACAGCAGACCAACGUAAGGAAGAAGACAUUAAAUCCGAUAUUUGGAGAAAGCUUCGAAUUCUCUGUAAAAGUGGGACAGUGUCAAAGUCCAGACGCCAUGGUACUCUUUACCGUAAUGGACCACGACGUCAUCAAAUCGAAUGACUUUGCGGGCGAAGCAUUCUUGGGGCUCAGCACGAUACCAGGCGUAGCGGACACAAACGCCAGCAUUGACAAUUUCCACGGCCUCAAGCCGACCGAAUUACCCCUUAUGCACCAAAAGAAUCGAAAUCACCCGAUUCUUCAAAUUCUGGAGACGAGGGCCGGCGACAAAGUGGCUAUCGACUUCGUUAAGAAGCAAAAGGAACGAUUCGCCCAAACGUAAAGCGCCGAGCACAGUGCAGACGUAAGAAUGUCUACGAAGCGUCAUCGCGGGUGAUUGAAUCCUACUCUUCGAUGGGGAGAAACGAGGGAAAAAUGGACAAAAAAUGAGAACCAACCCCAAAAGGAAGGCUCGUCGGCGUUCCACCGCCCACAUUUCUCCCGACACUCGCCGGAUCUUUCCUCGCGAGAGAUCUUUCUUUCUCGUCUGUGUAAAUCGUGUUGAAUAUAAUAGGUGUUGGUAACUAAAGAAAAAUUUUAAAAAACAGAAUACAUGUUAAAAACAGAUUCAGGGAAGCUAUCGAAAUCAAACGAGUGAACGAAAAGAAGAUAGAAAUGAAUAAACGUAUAUCCAAAAAGCUAUUUUUGUGUCAAAGAGGAAAUCGAGUAAAGUAUGAAGAAUGGAACAAAGAAGAGAUAUUUCAAGUCAAUCGGUGUGAUGUAU